UCUUACUUUCUUGUACUGUUACUUUAGGGCUUCCUUUUCUCUCCACUGUCGUUCACGAUCUACACUAGUAGAGAAUCCGAUUAGUUGCUAAGAAUUAAGAAUCAGAAAUCGAGCCAUUUCGAAGUGUGAACUGUUUCUCUCAGUAUUGAUUUCGUCAGCGAGGUCCCAAGAAUUCUGAAUUGCUUGGAGGGUUUGUUUGAUAUUGCUUCAAAGUUUCACCUUUUGGCUUCUGCUUUCGCAGUUUCUCCUUUUGGCUUCUGCUUUCCAUCAAUGGACAUCAGCUGUCCUUUGGACAUGUCAGUUUCAGAAGAUUUAAACAGGUCUCAUGACUUGAAGCAGUUGUCUCUGAAUCGAGCACUAUGUAAUUAUGGUGACAGGGGAGGCCUCUCUUGGAAUGAUAUCAGUGAUGGUUUAACCGAGUUUUUACAUAUUCAAGAUGAUCACAAAUCAGCAUCAAGCUCCAUUUCGGUUCCACAUUCUGACAAGAAUGAUAUCAGCAAUGCGGAGAAGAAGGAUUCAUGUGAAAAGGCUUGUAGUACUAAAUUGACCUUUGUUAUCUCUGACAAGUGCUUGAGCAAAUGUGCCAAGUUUUCAUGUUCUUGUGAGAAAACUUCCUUCGCUGUGUCUGUGCACAAGGAAGAUGAAGGUGAUUUAAAUGAGAUAACAGCUGCAGUGUUGAAAGAAGACGGUAAUGAAUCUGCUAAGCUGACUUAUUCGCAGCCCAUACCUUCUCCUACUACUUUGAAGCUUGUAUCUGCCAUGAAAGGUAGCCGUGAGAAACAGGGGAUACCACCGAAGAAGCUGACUGUUACAUGGGACCCUGAUGUGUACGAUCCUCCUCCUACAUCAGUGUCACAUGUUCCAACAAACAAGAAACAACGGCAGAGGAGAGGUGGUAAGAAGAAUGGAAAGAACAGACAGAAGGGCAAGGGCAAACCUACCCGAGAAGACAGAAAGCAGGUUCAGAAAUCUGGUGGGAGUUCUAAGAAGUGUUUCAAAUCGUUCAAUAACAAUGGCAGAUUGGUUGAAUGUGAUGAGACUUCUGUGGACUUUGUGGAUUUUGAUGUUGGCAUUCCAGAUUCACACUGUGGCAGUAGUUUUCUCAAGAAAUCAGUCACAAAUAUGCAUUUCUCUGUUGCAGAGGCUAUGUAAUCCAUCAUUUGCAGUAUGUCGUUAGUUCUAAGAAGUGUUUCAAAUCGUUCAAUAGCAAUGGCAGAUUGGUUGAAUGUGAUGAGACUUGUGUGGCCCCUGUGGAUUUUGAUGUUGGCAUUCCAGAUUCACACUGGCAGUAGUUUUCUCAAGAAAUCAGUCACAAAGAUGCAUUUCUCUGUUGCAGAGGCCUUGUAAUCCAUUAUUUACAGUAUGCUGUUUUUUUCCCCCUUUCGUGUGUCAUCCUUUUGACCGGCAGUGUAGAUUCGUAAAUUUGUGGUUGGAGUGAUCUUGUCAUCCGUUUUCACACGCAGUGUAGAUAAAUAAUUGUGCGUUGUAAGGCAUUAUUUUCUGUUCAACGGUGGUACCGGUGCUUCGAAGGCUUGACUAUCUUCCUAUGCAGUGCUUUUGUUGAUAACUAUGAAACUUUGUCAUAUUUAAGUUCUAAAUUACUACUCCGUUUACUGUU